UUUCAUUCGUGAAACAUCGGUUGUUUCCGUAUAAUGAAUAUAACCGAGGUGAUCGGAAAAGAAAGGUCACAUGAUCUGAAAAUGGCAGACAAUUCAAAAGUGGAAGGUUGUGCCGUUUUGGCAAAAUCAUUGAAAGACCAGGGAGUUGAGUAUGUGUUUGGUAUUGUUGGUAUCCCGGUCAUUGAAGUGGCCAUGGCUUGUCAGAAGGAAGGGAUCAAGUUUAUUGCCAUGAGAAAUGAGCAAGCUGCAUCUUAUGCAGCCUCAGCCAUUGGUUAUAUGACUGGAAAACCGGCAGGAUGCCUUGUUGUAUCAGGUCCAGGUUUGGUUCAUGCUUUAGCUGGAAUGUCUAAUGCAAUGGAAAACUGCUGGCCAAUGAUUGUAAUAGGGGGCUCAUCUGAGCGAGACCAGGACAAGAUGGGGGCAUUCCAGGAAUACCCGCAAGUAGAAUGCUCAAAGUUAUAUACAAAGUUUGCUUGUCAGCCUAGUAGGAUUGAGAGAAUUCCUUACUAUGUUGAAAAGGCAUACAGGAACAGUAUAUAUGGACGGCCCGGUCCUGUUUACAUUGAUAUGCCAGGAAGUUUUGUUAUGACCACAGUUCCAGAAAAAGAUGUUCGAUAUGUCCCUAGAUGUCCACCUACACCAAAAUCUUGUGCCACAUCCACAGAUAUAAAAAAAGCCAUUGAUUUGUUAGCCUCAGCAAACAGCCCAUUGGUUAUUGUUGGAAAAGGUGCAGCAUAUGCUCAAUGUGAGAAUGAACUGAGAACCUUUGUUGAGGGCUGUAAGCUGCCAUUCCUUCCUACACCCAUGGGUAAAGGUACCUUACCAGAUGAACACCCACUGUGUGUGGCACCAGCAAGAUCUAAAGCAUUGAAGGAUGCAGAUGUUAUUGUGUUACUGGGGGCCAGACUGAACUGGAUUCUUCAUUUUGGAGCACCACCUAGAUUUAGACCUGAUGUCAAAAUUAUACAGAUUGACAUAUGCCCAGAGGAGAUAGGAAACAAUGUUCCACCAGCAGUUGGUCUGAUUGGAGAUCUUUCUGCAAUACUUGCUCAGAUGAAUGAAGAGUUGGCGAGGCGACCAUCAAAGUUUGUGUUUAAUUCUGCUGCCCCCUGGUGGAAGGAAUUAAAUGAGAAACUAGAUAAGAACAGAAUCAGUGUACAGAAACAGUCACAAGACAAAACUGUACCACUUAAUUAUUAUGCUGCUUUUGAUGAGGUGAACAAAUUUUUACCAAAAGAUGCAAUAGUUAUAAGUGAAGGGGCAAACACUAUGGAUAUAAGCAGAUCUUGCAUACCCAAUGCAUUGCCUAGACACAGACUAGAUGCAGGAACAUUUGGUACAAUGGGUGUUGGUGUAGGGUUUGCUAUAGCUGCAGCAGUAUAUUGUAGAGACUAUGCUCCAGAUAAACGUGUCGUCUGUAUCCAAGGUGAUAGUGCAUUUGGAUUCUCCGGCUUUGAGGUGGAAACAGUCUGCAGAUAUAGACUCCCAAUAGUAUUUGUAAUCAUAAAUAAUAAUGGAAUAACAAAGAGUUUUAAUGAAGAAGUGUUCAAUAGUUUGGAAGAGACAGACAGACUUAUCAGUCACCCACCAACAGUUCUCUCCCCUAAUGCAAGAUAUGACAAAGUUCUUGAAGCGUUUGGAGGCAAUGGUUAUUUUGUUGAGAAGCCUGAGGAUAUACAGAAAGCAAUGAGAGAGUCGAUGGCUAACAAGAAACAAGCUUCUAUGGUCAACAUCAUGAUCAAUACAAUGGCAGAUAGAAGAGUUCAGGAAUUCUCAUGGCUUGGCUCUAUACAGCCUAGUAAGAUGUGAGACUCUACAUUGAACACUGGCUAACAGAUGUUUGGUACAUGUAUAUGUCUAAAAGACAUAUUAUAACUAUAUAUUGCCAUGAACUUUGAAGAUUUGCAAUGAAAACUAAUGUCAUUAUGGAUUGCUAUUGAAAAAUGUAAGGAGAACAAAGACAUUUGUUAUAACUGUCUGAUACCUGUUUAAAACAGCUCCUUUGUAAAUUAAUUGUUAGAUUAUAUGCUAAAUCACAGAACACUCUUGGUGUAAGGAAAGUUACUGAACUUAGAUGGUUUAUAUAAUUUUAUUACAUGCUUUUCGGUGGAUUAUAGAAAUAUAUCAGUGAUUUAUAAACUGGUAAUUUCACUGUUUGAAACAGUGAAAUUAUCAAAUUGAUAAUUUCACUGUUUUGAAUUUAAGCCCGUUAAGUUGUCUCAGUGAAAUACCAGCGUGCACAGUACUGGAAACCAGCUUAAUGACGUGACGUCGUAAAUGACGUCACAUUGUAUUAGAAUUUGGCGCGCUUUUCAUUUAGUACUAGGAUAAAAUGUCUUUUUAAACGUUUCUUAGCAUGUAAUAAAAAGAAAAUUUGUUUAGUUUAGUGUAAGAUCGAAAUAUAUUUCACUUCGUGAACACCAAAAGUUCAUAUUAGACUCGUGGCUGCGCCACUCGUGAAAUAUACGUUUUGGUGCUCACUCGGUGAAAUAUAUUGCGAUCUUACACUGAACUUAACAAAUAUCCUCUAUAUGUAUGCAGUAUGAUGUUAACAAAUUUCUAUGUUGUGACCAUCUUUAUAUUUGAUGAAACAUUUCUAUUUUGACAUCAUAAAAUUACCAUAUUUGGACUUUACUGCUGAGUGUUUGAAGCAUUGACAAUAAAUCACCUGACAAUCAAUGAUCUAUAUGUGUUCAUAUCUCCCCAUAGAUCAUGUGAUGAAAUAAUUCAGUUAAUUUAUAGGAUGGCAUUGGUUCAAUUAAGGUGCCUACUUGUGCCUAAAAUAAGGCACAUAUGUUAACCUGCUAUCAAGUUGCCAUAUACAUGUAUAACCAUUAAAGUUUAAAUGAAAAUUAAAACCCACCCAAUAUAAAGAAAUGAAAUAAUAAUGAAAAAUGUUCAUAUAAUUCUUUUUGUAUAUUUUCUAAUCAUUGUAUUGAUUUUUAUAUACUGCAGACUGUUUUGUUGCAGUUUUUGUUUGUUAUAAUCACAUAAAAACAAUUUUUGUGACAUCAUUGUUGAAAACUUAGUCUGUAGCUAGCUGUGAUAAUUAAUAUACAUGUAUGUAUUUGUUUUAUAUAAAUGAUUCCAUAUAAUUUUAAUUAUUUAAAUUUUAUUGAAUUAAAAGGAUUUUUGUAUUAGUUCUUUUACAUUCUUAUAUGAGGAAUACCUUACUGUCACCGUUCCUGGAUGGCAACAUAUACAGUUUAACGAUUUCACCAUUUCUUCUUGUACACCACCUGCCCUAAGCUAAGCAGAAUGAACAAGAAACAUCAAAAAGGGGAGCCUAUGGGCAUGCUAUCAGUCAUGUUUUUUAUGGGUUAUCUAUAUAUAGAAUUGAUGUUAUAUUUUCAUGUACAUUUACUUUGAGAAGAAGGCCACAAAGUUGUGUGGUGCAGUUGAAAAGCAUACAAAAAAUAAAUAUGCAUGCUAUUUACUCUUAAACACAGAAAGUAAAUGUUAUUAUUACCUAAAAAGGCCAUAUUUUCAAAAGAAUGUGAAAUAGCAAAUACGGUAAAAUUUAAGUGCAAAUACAAUGUAUUUCAUGUUUAAUAACAUGUCAAAUUAAUUAUUAUGUAACCAGAAGAUUAAAUCUGGUUUUUCUUUGUUCAUAUUAUCAAUUUAGCUGACUGUACAUUGUACUUAAUAAGUUGUAAAACUUUAUGACUGAUAAAAUAUCCAGGUGAUGAUUGUUGUUAAGUAACAUUAUAACUUCCAUGUUGCUAUGUUACCUUAUUUUGUAGUGAAACCUUAUUAUUCUCUUUGUUUUUAUAGGAACAAAGAUGUUGAAAUUUUAAACCAAUUUUUAAAAUUUUGUUAAGAUUGAACAGUUAGAAUUUGGAUUUCCAAGAGAUAAAAUUGUAGCUUUCCACUCCAAAUGAUUUUUGCAUGUGAUAAUAUCUAUUUCUUGACUAGCCCAACAAAUUGUGUGCUUAAGGGCUUUUUAUUAUAUAGAUGAUGGUCGCCUUUCGUAAAGACAGACAUCUAUGAAAUAUCAGAUUAUAAAAUCGGACGGUCUUGCAGUCGAAAUAUUGAUCAGGAUAACCUUUGAAUAUUUUAUGUAUUAUUUGUGGUAUUCCACUGAGAAAGUAACAUUAAAUUAUAAAACGAAA